AUGCCGCCGCUUCUUUUUCUUCUUCUCGCCAAAGGCCUCGUCGUACACCUCGGCCACCGUCGUGUCGCCCGGUUUCCGCUUGGACGACGGCGCCUUGCUGCUCUUGAUGCUCACCGUCGUGCUGCUGCCCUUCUUCGUGCCGCCGCCGUUCUGCAUGGCCGCGGCCACCUGCCGCUCGGCCUCCUCCCAGCCCGGCACAUCACCCUCCUCGACCUCGUACUGGUCGAGGGGCAGGGCGUUGAUCAGCUCGCGCUGCUUGCGCCGGCGCACCUUUUCCUCGUCCUCAUCGUCGCUGGCCACCUCGUCAUCGUCAUUCUCAUCCUCGUCCUCUGCAACACCCAAGCUCUUCUUGCCGGCCUUGGCGUUGAGCUCAUCCGCAAUCGACAGAGACAAUGGCUUGAACUUGUCGUCCACCACCUCGUCGUCGUGCACACCCGUUGCGUCCGCGCGAGACACGCCCAGGGGACCGCGUGCUGCGCGCGGCAUCUCGGCCUCGACGGCGGCGGCGACAAUGGUGGCAAAGUGGCUCGUGACCUUGCGAAGAAUCUUGAUGAACAUGGCCAUCAGCUGCGAGACGGGCAGCGUCAAGUCGGCCGACACCGUGUCCAUGUCCUUGCGCUGCAGACCGAUGCCCAGCAGGAUGCCCUGCAUGACACCCGUGAGCUCGACACCGGCCUUGGUGUUGCGCCCCUCGCCAUUGGCAGCGGCCGCAGCCACACCCGGCAGCUUGGGCGCGCCCAGCCGGCCCGUAAAGUACAGGUGGGCGACCGUCGGCACCAGGUCGAGAAUCAGAUGGUAGUCGAGCAUGUUGUUCGCAUACGACUCCAAGCGCUUCAGGUCAAACGGCGUCAGCAGCGCGUCCAGUUCGGCCUUGGUCAGGGCCGGCGGUGCGCCGCCGUGGGCAGCGUCGUCCUGGUCGGCGAAGCGUGCCGCACCAAUGCGCGCGGCCUCACUGAUGCUCAGUGCAAACACAGAGCUAAAGUCGCGGAACUGGAAGGACAGCAGCGACAGGUAGCGCCGGUGGAAGUCGCGCGAGAAGGCGCCCAGCCACGAAGCGUCGCCGCUCGUGGCGCUGGACUCGAGCGGCCGCAGCAUGACACACGUGUGCUCGCCCGUCAGCUCGUUGGCCGUCUGGCGCAGGUACACGGGUGCAAACGAGGCGCGCUUCCAAAACUUGAGCAGUUCGCCCGUCAGGCCGUAGCUGACACCAACGUAGUCCAGUGCGGGCGGCCGGCUCUCAGACAGGCGCGAAAACAGCGGCGGCAUCGACUGGAUGUCGCGCACCUUGACAUUGUCGUCUUCGAGCAGCGAGGUCUGCGCCAGCUCCGCGUCGGUCACGCGCUUCAUGGUCGCAGACGCGCCGUGGUUCUCGAGGGUGUCCAAGUCCGCCUCCGACAGGUUCGUAAACUUGCCGCCGUAGUGGUCGCACAGCAGCUCCAAAGCGCGCGCCCCGUAUCCGCUGCGCACGUAGUUGGGGUUUGUGGCGAUGCGGACAAUGCGUGCGCCGGACAGCGACGCAAAGCCGUCGUCCUGGAACUGCUGGCUCACGAGCCAGGGAAUCAGGUCACCCGCGGGGCGCGUACCGCGGCUGAGGGCAUUGAGCACGCUCUCGCGGCUGAUGCGGCCUUCAAGCGCCACCUGGAUGACACAGAGCGGCUCAGGCAGGCGGCUGCUGUCCUCGGAGAUGGGCGGCACCAACACGAAAAGCUCGUGGGCGGGGGCGUCGCUCAUCAGCUGCAGAUCGUCGGGCGUGUUUUUGUAGUGACUGGAGACGUAGAGGGCGACCAUUUGCUGGAGGAAGCGCUCGGACACGGCGUGGAAGGAGAAGAGGGUGUCGCGGUUCACCUGCAGGAGCUCGCACGACGACGGUGCUGGGCUGCCGCCCUGGGCACGCGGCAACUUGGCGUCGAGACACAGCACGGUGUUGAGCCAGCUUUCGACGGCGUCGCCCUGGGCGUACCGGAUGGGCUCCGAGAGUGUGAUUUCACGCAACGUCCGCGCCCCACCGAGGCCACCGCCCUGGUAGUCGAAGGGAUCUUGCACCUUGGCGGCGCGGCCCGUCGACCGGUACGGGCCCAUGAGCUUGCGCACAAGCGGCAGCGGGAUGGCGGCGGCCUCGUCAAUGACCAGCAGCUCGGCCUGGCCCAGAACGUGAGCGUCCUGGGGACGGAUGUACUGGAUGGUCUGGCGGUGGUUGCGGUGGAUGUUGACGCGGACAACGGGCUUGUUGGCGAGGUCCGGGUUGGUGGACUGGAUGAUGGUGUAGUCGACGUGGUCGAGGUAGCCGAGGGCAUCGAAGCCGCGGAAGACAAAGUCGAAGAGGGUCUUGAGGUUCUCGGGGGAGGGCGAUGUAAUGAAGAUGUUGGCAUAGCCGUGCGCCACAGCGGCAGCCACGGCAACACCCAUGGCGGCCGACUUGCCGCGACCGCGGGCGGCCGUCAGCGCCACAGUGCCCUGCAGGGACUUCUCGGCGAGGGCGUCGGUGAAGGUCAGGAGGGCCUGGGCCUGGUCGAGAGUGCGGGCGAGGGGCACAAGGCUGCCGAUGGGUGGGGUGUCGCUCAGCGAGUCCUUGAGCUCGGCGAGCUUGCGUGUGUUCUCGGAACGCGAGCCGCCCUCGCCGCUGCCAUCCUCGUCGUCGUCGUCGUCCACGUUGAGCUCAUCGUCAAUAACGAGGCAGGCGUCGCAGCCGCCGAGCGACAGGAUGAAGCGCUCGUUGAAGCGCGGCACGACGUCGGUGUGGGCUUCGGUGCGGUAGCGCGAGUGGACGUCCAUGGUCAUGGUGUAGAGUUGGCGCAGACUGGUCAUGCUCUUGAGCAGCAGCACGACCAAGCCGCCGCCCUCGACGGUCUCGACGGUGCGGGCCAGCAUGUUGGGGGUCAGGGCCUCAAAGUCCUGGAGGAUGCACAUGCCGUAGGUGUUGCCGAGAAUCUUGUCGGUCUCCUUGUAAUAGACAUAGCGAAUGUCAUGGAGCGUGACAAACAGCUCAAAGGGGUCGUUGGUGUUGGCCUCGCGAACACCGCGCUUGACCUCCUUCUUGAUCUUGGCCUCGCGCUUCUUGCGGUGGCUCGUAAAGUCGAGCAGCUUCUUCUUGUAGGCCCAGAGCACAGACUUGUUCCUGGGCGUGACACCGGCCGAGGAGGAGCUUCCGCUGGCGACAUCCAUGCUGGACAUGAUGUAGUGCAGGUGCACGAUCACGUCCUUUGCGCGGUCGCCGACGACGACGAAGAUGCUGCGCUUCUUGCUCUGGACGCCAUUGCGGAUGAGCGUCGGGAUGCGGGCGUCGACGGCUUUUCGAGACAUUGUGGAUGUUGGGUGUGUUGUGACGAAGAAGAGAAAAGGAGGAGGGAGGGAGAGGGAGAAAAGGAGAAAAGGAGACAGGAUUCUCCUGAGAACAGAUGUCGUCGACAGGGAAGGAAGCAACAAAGUCCACUGGCCAAACAGGAAGGCUCACCUCACAGCUGUUUUGAAUUUUCCUAG